AUGUCUUUGUUCUUUAAAAUCUUCUUCUUACUUCUCAUAUGCUCUUGCAAUGCAGAAUCCCAAGAACCCUUGGGUAAUUUCUGCAAUGAAAACACAAACAUAACAGCCGGGAGCAAACUAUCUGCUAACAUUGAUCAACUAUUAGCAGAGUUAGUGCCUGAAACUCCCUCAAGUGGCUUCGUUUCUGCCUCCUUUGGUAAAGAACAAGACCAAAUUCAUGGUCUGUCUCAAUGUAGGCAAGAUGUGAGCAAAGAAGACUGCUCUAUUUGCAUACAAGACGCGGCAAAAGAGAUCAGAAAGAAAUGUCCAGACCAAGCUGAUUCAAGAAUUUGGUAUGAUUACUGCUUUUUAAGGUAUAGUAAUCAGAGUUUUGUAGGAAAAGUUGAUACAUCUUUUGGUAUAAUUUAUUGGAACCUCGAGAAUGUGAGUGAUCCUGAAGCUUUCAAUAAAGAACUGAGAUCUCUGAUGGAUGAGAUUAAAGCAGAAGCUGUUAUGGCAAAAAACAAAGGGCUGGGAAAAGGGAAGACCGAGCUGUCUUCUUUUGUGACACUUUAUGCUUUAGUUCAAUGUACAGGAGACUUGUCUGAUUUAUCUUGCGCUCAGUGUUUGGCUAUAGCAGAGAACAACUUCGGCACAUUUUGCAGCAAUAGUAAAGGGUGUAGAGUGUUGUAUAGUUCUUGUUACGUCCGAUAUGAGCUUUAUCCUUUUUUCUUCCCUCUUGAUACUAACAUCACAGAGCUCAACAACACUGAGAUGGCCAUUGUUUAUCCGUGA